UGGCGACGUGUGAGCGGCGGCGUCCGCGCGGUGUUUAAUCGAGGAGCGAGAGAGAGCAAGAGGAAGGUGUAUCAUGUUGCCGCGGUCGCAGGGUCCGCAGUGUUUCCGUGAUCCGCGUUAGGUUUGGUGCAAAUGUAAAAGGAAUGUCAGAGGCGAAACGGGUGCCCCUGCAAACCCUGGAGUUCCCGGAGCCCCUGGGCCACGCGACGAAGGAGAAAAAGGGGAACAUGGGCAAGCAGCUCGCGCCCUCCUUCCGCUUCACGCUCACCCUUCCCGAGUCCAACGAGAAGACAUGCCCGGAAUUCAACUAUGCCCAACUCCUCAAGUCAGCGGAGAAAAAGCGAAGAAAAGAACAAAAGAGGGGAGAUGAAAAUGCGACCAAUGGACUGGAUCCAUUCGACGAUGAUGAUGAUGAGGAUAAGCUUAAAGACAUGGCGAGACGGUUCGAGGCAAAAUAUGGAACUUCUACCAUGGGAAAAAAAAGGCAUAAGUAUGAUGAUUACGUGGACUUGGGCGCAGGAUAUGACGAAAACGAUUCCUUCAUCGACAAUACUGAUGCUUAUGAUGAGAUCGUACCCGAAGAGAUGACCACGGCGCACGGAGGAUUCUAUAUUAAUUGUGGAGCUCUUGAGUUCAGAGCGGCCGAUAGACGUUCGUUAGUCCAUAAUAAUAAUAAUAAUAAUACUAAUAAUAAUAAUAAUAAUAAUAAUAGCGAUGAUGAGGAAAGUAGUGAAAGUAGCGAGGAAGAUACCGAAGAUGUAGAUAGUCCUAAUCCUAAAAGAGUAGAUAAACGAAUCAUUAGCUCCUCGGAUGACGAUGAGACGGAGGAUAUUACUGGUGAUAACCCGCGAAAGAGACGGAAAAUCGAGGAAAAUAGCGAGAAGAAAGGUAAUCACGAGAAUAGCAAAAAGAGAAAAAAGCCGCAAAAUCAUCAAGCGCAAGAUGCACAACAACAAAAUUCUCAACCAGAUUUGGAUCUUUUGAGACGGAAGGAAAAGAAUGAGACGACAGAUGCUGAAGGAGGUACAGCUUCGGAAGAUCAAGAGGAGAAGAAAAAGUUUGAUAAAUCAGAGAAAAAUAAAAUAAAUGAGAAAAAGUUCGAUAUCAAAAAGUUCGAAAAGAAAUCAUCAAAUAGUAAUGGAUACGACGCGAAGAAGAUAGAUCUAAAGAGAUUGGACGCUAAAGAUAGUAAUAUUGACGAUGCGAUAGAGAGCGUUGUUAAUGCAGCAGCUAGAGGAAUCGAAGACGACUCGAGUCGUGAUACGACAGAUUCGGGGAAAUCCCGUGUUUGCCUUUACGUUGAAUCCGACGGCGAGGAAAUGGAGAAUAAGGAAGCAUCUUUGCCUGAGAAUCUACCCGAGGAUAUAAGAGAGAUAGUGAAUAAAUUAAAAGUUCAGGCGGAAAAUAGCAAAGAUGGCGGCAAAAGCAAGUUUUUCAAUAGCGCAGUUAACGAAGUGCUUUUUAAUUUAGAGAAGAAACUGCGAAUGAUGAAUUCGCCUAGCAUAAGAUUACAAACCUAUGUACAUCUAGUACGGUUUUUACCUUGUAGUAAAAUUACUCUUCUCAGCAGAGCUAAAAAACUUUAUUUAAAAGAUGCAGAACACAGAGUGAAUGAACCGAUGCAAAAAUUAAAGACUCUCAUCGAUAAUAUUAUGCCAUCAGUUAUGGAUAAAUAUAUGAAAGAAUGUCAGAAAGUUGCUGAUGAAAAUCCUCAAUUAUACUGGGAGAUAUAUCGGUACUGUUGGGGUUUUGAGGGAUCUCCUGCAGAUGCAGAGAGCAGCGAUGAAGAAGAUGGUUCGUCUAAAAACACGGAAAAGCCAAAAAUACCACGAAAACGAUUUCCAUGGACUGACGAAGCAAAAAAACUUGUUCUUGAAAUUGCAAACGCCAGGAGACAUUAUUUCAAAAUUCUCAGAUCAAGAAAGGAGAGUAUGGAAUCGUUCGUUGCUUCUUUCAUGGAUUCGAAUGUAUUACCAUUGUGGCCGCCCGGAUACGUACGAUUGCAAACCUUGCUAAAAUAUGCUAGUCCAGUUGAACCCGCCAUUAAGAAGAAGUUGAAGAAAUCAAAAGAAAUGGUCAAUGCAAACAACGUUACCACUUCUACGAAUACUCAAGUUUGCAAUGUUGCAAAGAAUGAUGCAACAAACGUAAAUAAUCUUUUGUCUCAAGAAAACGAGAGGACAAAUAUGAAUGUAUCCAAAGUUCAGAUCAUUGGCGAAAAUUCGACGAAUUUUGCAAGUCAAGCUACAGCGAAGUCUAACGACGUUAAUACCGAUAGGAAGCAACAUAGUAAUAAAUAUAAAGAUAUGCAUACAGAGAACAAUGCGGGCCAACAGCAGGAAAGCGCUACGGUCAACAAUUUUACAGUUGGUAAAAUUUCUGUAGUACCUACAGCACAACUAAUGGCUCAAAAGCCAACUAAGAGUCACGUUGAGAAAUUUAAUUUCAUGGAUUUAACAAACAGUUCUUUGUCUAUAACACGUGUUGAUUAUGAUAAAUUAUCGACAAAAAUAACUGAAGCGAUAAAGGAUAGAGUUUCUAUUACACCGUGUCCGGAACCUGUGAGCCAUUCUAAGACGAACGAAAUUUCCCAAACAGGACAUCAUUCCGUAUAUAGACAAGAUACUUCCUAUUCGUCAGCACAAGCCUUGAAACAUAGGUUCUUACAGGAAAAUGCUGACGUUAAAUGCGAAAAGAGAUUGGACGACAAGGAUGUUGACGCAACGGUUAUGAAGACUGAAAAAAAAGAAAAGAAACGAGAGCGAUGUGUGGAAGUCAAGCAUAAAUCGUCGCACGAUCAGAAGAAAAGAAAGAAAGAUCAUAAGAUGAUUGAGCAACAAAUAGGGCCUAUUAACCAAGACGUAGUGCCUAUGCCACAGCAAACAACCCUCUCGAAGGAAGAACAGGAACAAAGACAAAACGAGGAAACAAUUGCUGCAACUAAUUUUCUUAGUCAGAUCAUCAACGAUGAUUCUUCGCCACGAGGAUUAACUGAUAAACGGAAAGACGGUUUCAUUACAGAUGAUACUUUAGCGAAUGCAGUACAACCAACGGAUCAGGAGAAGGAUGUCCAGAUGGUAAUGAGAUCGUUGAAGGAAUUGCAAGAGUUACAAGAAAUGAAAUACUCCCCUAAUAAUUCGCCGGUCGGUGGUACUAUACAAAAGCCUGGUAAAUCGAAUGCGCAAUAUGUCACUUAUCAGGAAGACUAUCAGCGAUUGUAUCUCAAAAAGGAAGAUAAAAUAAGGUCUAAGGAAGAAGCACAAUGGUAGAAAAGACGUAUCUUAUCGCUGAUUUGAAAUUUUUUUUCUGGGGACGGUAGUAACGAUCAGUUAGUAGCGAAAGAUAAUAGGCGGAUUCUCGAUAUUUAUGUAAUUACGUUUCGUUUCGUAUGAACAAUCGAGCGAAGGCUGACGGAAACUUCUUCCACUUAUACAAUGCCAUUAUUGGCGAAGUAAAACGCAGCUAUAUAGAUUUAUAGCGAUCAUACUGUGUAUGUCGUGUAAGGAUUUUUAAAUAUUUUCAAACAAAAACCGCCAAAUUAUGUACAUACAUUACAAAUUUGCUAGCGAUAGUUUUGGUUGUAUGUGUACAGUAUAAGUAUAUAAAUUAUAAAAUUCUAAGGUAUUCAAAAGAUGUGGAUACACUUAGCGAAUGAGUAACGAGCGAACGAGUGAAUGUAAAGUUGAAUUUAUUAGAACUUUCUAUAUCAAUUUUAUAAUCUAAUUGGAUAUAAAUUAAAUUUUGUUCGUAUUUACUGUGCACGUACAUUUUUACAAGAUUUAGUAAUGAAAAUUCAUAUUCGCUCUCCAUUCAUCAUUUGUUCAGUGUAUGCAUAUCUUAAUAAGUAUUUGUGUAAAUAAGUGAGCAGCGUCCAAUCGCUCUGUGAAGUGGGUGGUCUAUGAGAAUUUUAUUUUCAUUUAUUCGACGAGCCUUCUGUGAUUUUUUAUUGCGAUUUUGUCGAUUAUUUUGUGAUCGACAUUUAAUAUAAUUUCGGUCGCUACAUACUUGUAACGUUUUGUUUUAAUCGUAAACAUAAGCAUAUUAAAUGCUCUUUUUUUU